AUGGCCUUGAAAGCCAUUUACGAGAACGACCUCGUCGAAGAAACCGUUCGCCAGACCCGAGCUUGGCAAAAGGACAUUGCCCGGAGAGGUCUCAAGAUCUCGCUGAAGCCGCCGUAUGAUCAAAAUGGCAACGAUCUGAAGGGCCAGGUCCAGCUGACGCUGAUUGUGAGCUAUCCGCCAAACUAUCCUGAAGAGGUGCCAGAUCUUCACCUGGAGAAGGACAAAGGCCUCUCGGAUGCACAGUUCCGGACACUGCAGUCACUAGUGCCUGAAUGGGCCGAGCAGUUCAAGGGUAAGCCUCGCUCGCUCGCUCUCUGCAUUAUCGACAUGGUCCAGGACUACAUGAGCGUCAACAACAGCAUCAUCCGUGGUACCAAGCAAAUAUCGGCCCACGAGCAGAUGCUCGAUCGUCGCGAGCACGACGAGCUAGUCAAGCAGGAGCAAAUUCGAGAAACGGAACAACGCAAGAUGCUGGAGGAGGCCGAGGCCCGAAAGGAGGAAGAUGACACUUUUCUCCGGCGCAUUGUCGACGAAAUCAACCAGAAAAAGGCCCAGCGCAAGGAGCUGCUUCGGCGAAAAGACACCGUGCCGUCGCUCGAUGUGACGGAGAUGAGCCUCCGGACGCAGCAAUCGUUCAGCGGCUCCGAGUCCACCACUACCAGCGAGCCAGACUCGGAGGAUGCAACUGAACAGGAGAGCGAUCGCAGCCCCACAGACAGCCAGAGCCAAGAGCCGGCGCAGACAAGACGGAUGGAGUUUGCCUUGCGCGGAUCCAGAAUCAAAAAUGGAUCCAGCUUCUAUAGCAUCUACCGUGUUGCUAGCUACGAAAACUCCUCGGACGAUACCGACAUGCUCGUCUUGCAGGAGUUCCGUAUCGCGGACGAGUACUACACUCGUGCCGGCGCUGACGGAGAGAGAAAGCUUGUCAGCAUCAUCGAAGAGAUCCAGACGCUCAAGGAAACGCAUCAUCCAAACAUCGUCAAUCUCUAUGACAUUCAGAUGCGCCGCGAGCGGGGCGAGAUUUUCCUCGAGACCCUCCAGGAGUACUGCAACGGAGGAUCGCUGAUCUCGUUGCUGAAAAAGUGCGGCACCAUGUCACUGACCAAUGCACGGCGAUUCCUGCGCCACGCUUUGAAAGGCUUGGUCUUUCUCCACUCGCGGAAUCUGGUUCAUCGAGACAUCAAGCCCCAAACUGUGUUUUUCACGGCCCUGGAGGGCCAUACCGAGUCUAUCUUGAUGCUCGGCAACGCCAUGUACAUGCGAAAGCUUCUCGACCUGCAUCGUGCAAGGCCCCUACGACCAGAUCUUCCUGCUGAAGAAGUCUACCCGAGCGGCUGGAUUGCACCAGAGCUUCUGAGCAGACCCGGUGUCUACGGCUCCAAAAACGACAUAUGGUGUCUCGGACGAACAUUUGCUGAGAUGCUGUUGGGUCUGGGAGUCACCAAAAAGUACAACUCGCCGGAGGACCUAUAUAAGAAUCUCGAAAACAGCAUCCCCGCCUCUGUUCUCAGUGUCCUCCGCAAGACACUCGCCAAAGACUCGCAGGAGCGCUCAACGGCCAUGGAGCUCCUCAGUCAUUCGUUGUUCGACGACAUCAACGACAAGGAAAUCCCACUGGCUUUGGAUAUCCUGGCGCUGCAUACCAACAAACUGCCCCAGGGUGCAGCCUUUGGCCCGCCGGCCGGAGCAGCGGGCGUGGGAGGCUCGAUUCUGCUACAAGCUGGCCAGACUCAGUCAAGCACAUCCCUCAUGGAAGUUUACGGCAAAACCCAGUCGCGGUACAAGAUGGAUUUUGAGGAGAUUGACUUUCUCGGACGAGGCGGGUUUGGGCAGGUCGUCAAGGCCCGGAACAAAAUCGACGGGCGCUUCUAUGCCAUCAAACAGAUCAAGCUUGAUCCGCAGGAUCGGGAGAACAGCCGCAAAAUCCUUCGCGAGGUCCAAACUCUUUCGAUGCUGCAUCACCAGUUCGUUGUGCGUUACUACCAAGCAUGGUUCGAAGAUGGAACCGGAAGUACCUGGCACGACGACGACUCGGAUGAUGACUUUUCUGACGAGAGCUCGGACGACAGCGAGCUCUCAGACGACGACACAAGCGACGACGAGUCGGACAACGAUACGAGCACCAGCGAUGGCGUUAUGACUUCGACACCAACCAUGCCAAACCAACGCCGCAAGAAUUUGAGAAAUAUGGAGUCCAAGUCCGACUGGCUUGUCUCGCAUGACCACAGCAAGAGCUCAAAGCUGUUCAGCAUCUCGUUUGCAGAGCCCGAUAUCUCAGUGACAGAGUCGUCGCGCGAGAGCGGUGGACUAUAUCGGAUCUCGCUCUAUAUCCAGAUGGAGUACUGCGAAAAGAAGACGCUCCGGGAUGUCAUUGACCAAGGUCUAGCCGACGAAGAGGCCUGGCGAUUGCUGCGCCAGAUAGUCGAAGGAUUGGCCCACAUCCACUCACUUGGUAUGAUUCACCGAGACCUCAAGCCCAGCUUCCUUGAUGCGAACGAAAACGUCAAAAUUGGCGACUUUGGGCUUGCCACCAUCCGAAGCGAAGUGGGCGCGAAAGAAGGGGCCUUCCACCCAGGUCAGAGCAUCGAAUCUCGUCGCUCAGAAAUCGACGGAACCAUGACGUCGGAAAUCGGCACUCCGAUCUAUGUGGCUCCUGAGGUUUUGAGCAACUCGAAGAAAUACAACUCGAAAGUGGAUAUCUACUCCCUGGGCAUCUGGUCGAUGUGCUAUCCGCUGCAAACUGGGAUGGAGAGGAUGGUGGUGCUCCGCGAUCUCCGGUUGCCCGAGAUCAAGUUUCCCGGCGAUUUUGAUUGCAAGAAAUACGCCAAACAAAUGAGCAUCAUCCAGAGUUUCUUGAGCCACUCGCCCAAAGCUCGACCCUCUUGCGCUGCCAUUUUGAAAUCCAAUCUCCUUCCACCCAAGCUGGAAGAGGAGUACGUUACCGAGGCUUUGCGAAGCGUCGUCGACCAGAACAACCCGCUGUACUACUCUCGACUUGUUACGGCGCUGUUUGCUCAGACCAUGGACAAGCACAAGGAUUUCACCUACGACUUCAAUUGCGGACAUGCCACUCUGGAGGAGCUCGCCUCCCUCGUCACGGCCCGGGUCCGGUCCCAAGUGCUCAAGAUCUUCCAGCUCCACGGGGCCAUGGAGAUCAUGGUGCCCUCGCUGAUACCCAAAUCCGAAAUCUACACAAACCUUGACAUCGACAAGAGUGUGGCUCUGCUCGAUCAGAGUGGCGUGCUCGUCUCGUUGCCGUAUGAUUUGAUUGUCCCAUUUGCGCGAUAUAUCGCUCGCACAAACAUCAAAGCCAGCUUCAAGCGAGGAACCUUCGAGAAGAUCUACCGCCCAAACUUGGUCGGCGGACAGCCGCGGAGUGGAUACAGCUGCAACUUUGACAUCGUGACUCUCGAGGAGACCAAUUUACUGCCCGAGGCCGAAGUGCUGAAAGUCGUCAUGGACAUUAUCGAAGUCUGCUCACCGCGGACCUCUGACUAUAUGAUAUUCCUCAGCCAUGAGAGUAUCCUGCAGGAGAUUCUAACCUGCUGUAAGAUAACCGAGGACCAAGCUUUCCGUCGGUCAGUAUUCGCCGUGCUACAAGAGCUGGAUGCAUCUCUGAGCUUUGCCCAGGUCCGAUACAAGCUUGUACAUUCCUUGAACGUCCCACGCGCGACGGUGGAUGUCCUGGAGAACUUUUAUAUGACCAAGGGUGAUAUCGAAGAGUCGCGCCGCAAGCUCGACGGCCUGUUUCGGACAUAUGGCCGAGGAUCAGGGCUGUCCGAGUGUCUUUCGCAGCUCGUGGUGCUGUCGAGGUACUGCAAACAGUUUGGCAUACGCAACAAAGUGAUCCUGUCGCCCCUGCUCUCGCAAAACGUCGUGUAUUACGGCAAGGGCAUCAUGUUUCACAUAGCGACCUAUGCAAAGAACAGGCUUGACAUUAUCGCUGCCGGUGGCAGAUACGACCAGCUGAUUGCCCGUUACCGAGGGCCUUUUCUGUCCAACCGCCGUGUUUUUGCUGUUGGCGUGAAUAUUGCCAUUCAAAAGCUGAUACAGCGCGUCGUGCUUGAGCACGCUGACUCGCUUCGAAGCUGGAUGUCGGGCAAGGUCGAUGAGAUGCAUUCGAGCCUGAACUAUUUUGUCCGAAAAGUCGACGUCCUGGUGGCAUCGUUUGCUAAGGGUCAAGCAGCCGUGGACGAUCGCAUGGCAAUCGCAGCCGAGUGCUGGAGCCACGGUAUAUCCUGCGAAGUUAUGGAGAAGGAUGCCACGUCUCCACAGGAGAUUAUCCAGACGGCGCUUGCUGGAGGCUAUAGCUUCUGCAUCUACACCAAGAUGAAAGACCAAGACUCCAAAUCUAUGCAAAUCAAGGUCAAGAACAUGAUGACUCGACAAGAAGACGAUGUUUCACGACGUGACUUGAUUUCGUUCCUGCAAACCGAGCUCUCUCACUAUCUGCGUGAUACCGGAAUCAACAAAACUGUGCGAUCUGGCACCGCGGAAGGCAAUUCACACGUGCGAGAGAUCGAGUCGUCACAAGACUCCAAAGGAAGCAGUAGCAGCACACAGAUCGUAUCCACAGUGAGCUUUGUGCUGUCGCCGCAAAAGAACCGACUCAAGUUCAAAGAACAAAAUCGGAUCAUUGAGCGAGCCGAAAGCUCGAUCUCGCGGAUUGUGCAGUCCAUGACACGGACUCGGAUCAUUGCGGUUGAUCUGGCGCUCUCUGUCCUCAAGCGGAUCGCGGAUGUGGAUAUCAACGACGACGCUGUCUGGCGACAGCUCGAGAACCAGAGUCCAGGAUCCACGCGCGAACAGCUUGUGAACACCCGGAGGACAAUGCAAAAGUCCCACCGCGACGACACAAGUCGCCACAUCUGGCUCUACUCCAUCCCAGAUUCGGCUCCGGUUCUGUACGAGUUUCGAAACUGACCGUGACCAUUGCUCGCAACGUUCGCGGCUGCCUGGAUGAGCGGGAAGGGGGUGGCCAAAGUCGAUUGUCCACAGCUUGCCACAGCAGUGCCCGCUUGAUGCCAAACGCACAGUCUGGGUCUCGAGUCUUGGGUCUUGGGGUAGCGAUAGGGCAGAAGUAUGUGCAGGCAUGGGCCACACAACAGCAGAGUCACCGGCUCCUUGGGGGGUGGUCAGAGCAAUACA